AUGUCGUCUACCCCAUUUUCUCUUAUGGAACUCCCACUUCUUCCACUUUCUAUUCUUCUCAAGUCAAUGCCUUUGGAGUCGUUGAUUCCUCUAUCUGAAACCAAUCAACGAUUCAAACAGUUCAUUCAACUGUUGCAUAUCAAAUCAGGAGGAUACCAUGUGGAUAUUGACGAGCAUCGAUUCAAAAUCUCAAUGCUCAAACAGAAUUUCCGUUGCAGUUUCCAAGAAGAAAACAAGUCGUUUCUCCUUCGAAAUCUCUCAGAAACUCUUCAUAAAAUGAGAGAGCUCUUCCCCGGACCCAUCGAUCAACUCUCCAUUUGCCCAUCAUUUUCCAAUUAUUUCUAUGAUAUCAAUAUGGAGUGUACUGUACUUUCAGUUGGAUUGGAUCCACAUUUCAUGAUCGAAUAUAGGAAUGCUUUCACUGAAGAAUAUCUGAAUGCUCUACUCAAUUCUGUCAAUUUCAAAAAAGGAUUAUCGUUGAAAGGACCAAUUCUAUUGAGAACGGAACAUGAGAAGAUUUUCGAUAUCGAUUGGCUCAAAAUUAAAUGUUCGGAAUGGAUCACCACUGCAAUUCUCCAGAAAAUGAAGAACAAAGUGAUCUAUUUGGCAGAUAUCUCGUUUUCGGACAAGGAAAUCAACGAAUUUCUUCAUGAUUUGAAGAAUGGAAACGUAAAUAAUCAGUUGCAAGUGCUGACACUCGAAAAGGAAGGAGGAUUCAACGAAAUGGAAAUAAUCAGAGGAUUGAAUGCAGUUGAGAUGAAAGAAGAACGAGUUUAUAAGAUUUCUGAAUUCGAUCCGAGCAUCCAAAAUGACCGGUUCCUUCCAUUCAACUCCGGUGGAGAAAUCAGCAUUUUCAAUUCAUUCGAUUUCAUUCGUAAUGAUGGAAUCAGAUUUACCAUCGAAUUCGAUUACGAAGUCAUUCAACUUUUCGUCUGGAAUCAAGAGAAGGACAAGAAGACAACAAGAAACGAAGCUUUCAGUAUUCCACCUGCCAAAAGAAUCUUAUAA